CAGAGGAGGAGACGAAGAAGGAAAGCAUCCAGCGCUUGCAGACACCCACAGAGAGAGAGAGAGAGAGAGAGAGAGAGAGAGAGAGAGCUGAAGCUCGUGGAAUUCGAAUCAGUAGAUUGCAGAGGCCUACGAGCUGAGACGCCGCCGCUCAGGCGCCGGCCCCUGCGGAGCUGAUUCGAUGGCGACUGGAAUGGCCGGAAGAUCUCGUAACGAGGCGAGCAGCAGCAGGGGCAGAGGGAAAGGCGGUAGCGGCGGCGGCGGAGACAGAGGGGAGAGUGUCGUGUCGGACUGCGGCAGGCGGAGGAGCUCCUGUGGCUACUGCAAGUCCAAGAGCAACACGAGCAUAGCUCAUGGUUUAUGGGCAUAUAGUCUAACCGUGGAUGAUUAUCAAGAUCUGCUUGACCGAGGAUGGAGAAGAUCUGGUUGUUUCCUCUACAAACCAGAGAUGGAAAGGACUUGCUGCCCUUCUUAUACUAUCCGCCUAAAGGCAGCUGACUUCGUUCCUUCCAAAGAGCAAAAUAGAGUAUAUAGGCGAUUAGAAAGAUUUUUGGAUGGGACUUUGGAAGUGAAAAAACAAGCUGAGCUCUCCCCUUUGCCCAGCACAUCCAAUGUUUCUAGUAGUUCCGCUCAUGAAGCUUCAAGCUCGCGUGACGCCAAACCUUUGUCUAAUAACAAGGAUGAUAACGACAAUGUAGGGGAAUUUGUGCAAUACCUUUCAGAUGAAAUUGAUAAGGUAGUCAAGAGAUGUACUCAAAGUGGGGAAUUUCCAUCCAACAUUGAAUUCCCUACACCUUCUGUUAGGGAGGUUUCACAGGCCAAGAAGAGGAAAUUAGUCAAAGGAUCGGAAGAAGAUCUCUUAUAUACCUGCAACAUUGCAUUCCAACUUGCAGCUGCUUUGAGUCGUACACAGUCGAAUAAAAUGGAUGGAGGAGAAGACAUCAAAUUAUCUGGGGAUUCAAAUGAAGACAAGGGGCAGCCUUUUAAGCUAUCACCAAAAGCUGUUGCAGAAAAGUUGGUGGAUCUGUUGUCUCAUCUGCAGCAAACCUCUGGUCUGUCAAUCAGAGCUUGCAAUGGGCACAUUAAUUUUUACUCUGCUAGAAGACUAGAUUCUGCUGGUGGAGUUGCUAAAACUAUUCCAUGCUCUAAAGAUUCCCAAACAAUGAAUGGAAAUACAAGGACUGCAAUGAAGUGCUCGUACAGUUCUCCAAGAAAGAAGCGGAAGCUCGAAAUACAUUUGGAAAGAUCCAGUUUUGACCCUGAAGAAUAUGACUUGUACAGACGGUAUCAGAUUAAAGUUCACAAUGAUCCCCCAGGUAAGGUCUCAGAGAGCUCAUACAAGAGGUUUCUAGUCGACACACCUUUGGUAUUUGUCCCAUCAACUGGUGAUAGUACAGUUCCACCUUGCGGUUUUGGGUCAUUUCAUCAGCGGUACAUAAUUGAUGGUCGACUAGUUGCAGUUGGCGUGAUAGAUAUUCUUCCUAAAUGCCUGUCAAGUAAAUAUCUAUUUUGGGACCCAGACCUUGCAUUUUUAUCCCUGGGAAAGUACUCUGCACUCCAAGAAAUUAAUUGGGUACGAGAGAACCAGAUUCAUUGCCCUAGUCUGGAGUAUUAUUAUCUUGGAUAUUACAUUCAUUCAUGCAGCAAAAUGAGAUACAAGGCUGCUUAUUAUCCAUCUGAGCUUCUGUGUCCUCUUCGUUACAAGUGGGUUCCAUUUGGGGUUGCAAAGCCACUGCUUGAUAGAAGGAAGUAUGUCGUCUUGUCUGAUUAUAUUGGAGAAAAUGGAGAGCCAUUACUUCCUUCUAAUUCUGACCAUCCCAUGGAACUUCAGCCUGAAGAAAGUGAGCACAAUGACUCCAACGAUCUUAUGAUUGAGGAUGGAGGGAUGGUUGGGUCUGAAGACGAGGUCUCAUCAGAUGAUGAUCUGGAGCUGGAAACUGGUGAGCUAGGGUCUGCUGAACUCGAAGAUGGUGACAUUGGUAAUAUUAUCAUCGGUUCAAGGGGAUCUCGCACGAUAAAAUACAAGCUCUCACUGCUUUGUUUGUUUCCAUCAACUUAUCAUGAAGAAAUAUCAGUUACGAGUCUUAUCUGAGAUCUCCAGGCAGUCAUUCAUUCUAGGGAGAGGGGUUACUUGGAAGCCCAACUGCGGACAUACAUGAGAGUUGUUGGUCGACAGCUCUCUGAGCGGAUGAUUUACUCUCUCGGGUAACCUUUUGCUUUAUGAAAAGAAAUGAUUUUCUUGGAAGUAGUAUCUUACUGAAGAUGCGAAUCUCGGAUCGAAAAUCUAAUUGGCCAUCACGGUUUUGUCAUGCUCUUCGUUGUUGGGGCCCAGGGACUAUAUUUGGAAACCUCUGCCUGUAUCGUGAUCAACUAUGUUUUAAUAUUUUGCUAGGUUGAGCCUUGAGUCCUGAUUGUGAGGUGGAUACAUGUGGAUUUGUAAUAAGUUUCCUUUACUAAUCUGAAAUGUUGUCUGAUUUUAGACAAAAUGAAUGGAUAUCACGCUAUGCCGUUUGCAGCUGGUUCACUGCUGCUUUCUGUUAUUA